UGACAUUGCUUUGUUUCCGAUAAGUCAAUUUAAGUAUCUUGUUUACUUUAAUUAAUACAUACAUUUUUGUACAUGAAGACAUUUCGUAGUGAAGAAAUAUCAUUAAACAAUGGGAUUCUAUCAAGUUUCAUCAACGGAAAAAUCGUAUUUGGGACAGCAUAAAUUAACCAGAAGUAUUCUUCCAACUGGUACAGUAGAAUCUUCUAAUGUAACAGACUUGAUGUCUACAACGGAGAAACCGUACUGGGGAUCAGAUAAUUCUACAAGACUGACGAAUACAAGUGUAGGAUCUCUCAAUGCAACAGCUAUAAUGACAACAACGGAUAAAUCAUAUUUAAGAUGGGGUAGUUCUGCAACUAUGAUAACUGGAAAAGAAGGGUUGCAAAAUGUGACAAACUUGAUUUCGUCCACGAAGAAACCGUACUUUGGAUUGGGUAAUUCUCCAGGAGAGAAUUCAAAUGAAAGCAGUUCAUCCUGCUCCUCUUCAGCUACUAUGGUCGGACCUUUAUUAGGCGUUCUUUUGGUACUUGUAUCUAUCAUAUUCAUCGUUAUCAUUAUAAGGCUGAAGAAAAAAGGUUUAAGGAAACAUCACAGAUAUGCCAAGGACACAAUCAGGACAUAUGAAGACAUUGGUUCUAUACCAGGCGAUCACGUUUAUACAGCAAUGCAACAAAGCUCAGGAAGAGGCUCAUAUAUCCAACCAAGGUCACCGUAUAUUAAUCAUCAUACUCAUACACUUAUAGGAAAGAUUGAAGAAUAUGAGCUUAAUGAAGUAGAAUCUGAAGACAAUCAAUACAGUCAAAUGAAAGAUCAUCAUCAAUAUGUUGACAUCAUUGCAUGAGACGAGCAUAAAAUUAAAGGAUACAGUCAUCCUUA